CCUCCACCAUAACAGCUCGGUGGUUGGCCCUAAAAAAAUAACCUCAAAACCAAAUCGUAAAACAACACUUCAAAAAAUAACAGUCACGUGUGACGGCAUGGACGACUGACCACCACACCAGUCCACCACCGCCAAUUUGUACCACUUUCCCAGUGGCGCUAGAAAAACCUCAAAAUGCAAUCACCAACCCAUCGAGAGUGAAUCGGGUCACCUGUGCUGUGUAGGAUUCGCCUUGGGAACGCGAGACUCAACGUUCUACCUGCUUCGACGCCCUCGUAAUACCGGGCACACCGGGUAGACGAAGCAUGUGCACGCGGGUCACUGCGGAGCUGUUGUUUAUGUUUUGAAAAACGAUAAUGCGCCCACAGGAUAACGACCGCAAUGUCCACGUCCAUCGCGACGACUACGACGAUGACGAGGACGACGGAAGGCGUUCUCUGACUGGACAGCUGGACCAUGUUCUACCUUGUGCACAUGGUCAUGUGCGCUUUUAACGAGAUAUUCAACGGAGGCAAACCGGGCACCGGGCAACGGGUAACGAACCGUGCAAACGGACGCGAGAUGGCGAGACAGUCAAACCUAGAACCGCACCUGGAUUUCGCUUCUCAAUGAAUUGGAAAUACCCGCUCCUGGCCCAUUCAGACCAUUCGGAGAGGAGCGUCCUCGAGAAAAUAGUUCAGCCUAUACCUUCAUUGCUUUCGCGAUGUCCCAAACCGGCAGUCUUGUGGCACGAAUCGUUGUUUUUUAACCAUAAAAAGAAUUCACUUUAUUCCUACGGUUCUCAGUUCCUGGGCAUCUAUCAAUACAAGCCUUCUAUGAUCGAUCACUAAAGUCAAACCAAAAAAUAUGAUUGGAUUACUGGACGAUUGUUUUAUAUGAAGAUCCUGCAGUACAUGCUAAAAAGCGCAUGAAAAGUGUAUUAGUUUAAAAAUGGUUUUGAGAGAAUCAUGUCUAAAGAACAACAAGCAAGGAUCUCGGAAGAAUUAUGGUCAACCACCCCUCAUUAUAGUCGCCAUAACGAGCAGCGUUCAACACCGGACAACCGGAAGCGAGGCGUCGCCGGUGCCUUUCUGCUUUUCCUUCGGUACGAGGGUUAUUUCCUGGCAGGAUGUUAGUGGAAGGAACAGUUAAAUUACUGCAAACCACCAAAUCCCGAUAGCAAACGUUGACGUUUUUCCCGCCACACAACUCCGGUCAUUCCAUUUCCGGCCCUUGGCGACGGGAAAUUCAAAAAAAGUUCUUUCUCGUUCUUCCCCCACCAGUGAAGAUGAGUAAGUACGACUGGCACAGGGACAGGAAAUUUCCCGAGGUCGCUGAAACGAUCUCCAUGUAUAAUGGUAGACAUACCUUCGGCGAGACAGCAGUGUAUGAGCAAAACGAAGCCACUACCUGCUUUUGCUAGGCGAAAAGCUGGCAGCAGCGAGUACCAUGUGCUCGUGUCCAUUGGAUUUCCGGUAUUUUUGUAGCCGUUGCUUGUACUACCUAACUAAACGUGGAACAUAUUUUUAUGAAUGAACUUGCCAGCCCAUUGAAAGAGAUUUAGAAAUGGUCCUUCAGCCUCCAGUGUACCCCCUUUCGUUCUCGCCUCUUGCCAUCCCUUUCAUUGAUGGUCGUUACUGCUGUACCUAGGACGCUACUGGGCUGAACUAAAAUUAGAAAGCGGCGCACCCUAGCCUCCCGUGGCUCAUUAACGUUCUGGCUGUCGAAGGAUCAAGGUGCUCUCAAUAGGAUUCUAACUACAAUUGUAGAAUCGAAACAGCAUUGACAUCAAUCGAUUUGUGAAAACGUGUGUCUAGUAAAAACUCCAAAAUGAAGUGCAAUUCUCUCAGUUGGACGGUGAUCCUACAGUUGACGGUGGUGAUCUGUUGUGUGGAACUUACUGCUGGUCGCAUCAUACAUCGGAUCGAAGAUUACAACAAGCCUAUGUCGGAACCAGUGCGUCAAUGUCGUAAUGCCUGCCUUACGAAGCAUCUGAAGGAAGAGAUUAACGAUAUCAUGGUAACGGACGAGUGUAGCGAUCGGCCAAACUGUUUCAUGUGCUGGGAUUACUGCAAGAUUCUGCACGAGGAGAAGCGAAUUGUUCGCGAGCUCAUGUGUAGUGAUGUGAUUUGCUACUCGGGAUGUAAAACCGCCUGCAUGUACUAUAGCGAGUUCUACCGGAGUAUAAAGCACAAACACACUGCACUGGCAGCAGGAACCCAACAUUGACACAGUGACACAUUGCCUGCUGCUUCGACAAAUCGAACUACUGGCUGAAUUGUUAAAAAAAACUGUUUUGUAAUCGUAAUCGUUACUGCCAUGGGAGAAGGUACUACCAUUUACUCUGGACGUAGAUAUUUGUAUAUAAUCGCACCGAAGCGAAGCAUUUGUACUAUUUAAAUCGUUGUUGAAUAUUAUGUAGAAUAAAAAGAUCGGGAACACUAGGCGUCUGCUAGGUAAUGCUAAAUCAGUGCCUACAGUUGAGGUGUUUCAUUUCUGAAAGAAAGAUGUCUUGUUACAGAUCGACGA